AUGUGGCACCGGACAUUGGUGGUUGCUGUGUUGCUGUCCUUCCCAUACACAUCUACAGCUCAAGGUCAAUGUAAUAACGUUGUUGUGGCGGAUAUUGUGUUCCUUGUGGAUGGGUCAUCCAGCAUCGGACGUACCAACUUUGUCUUGGUGAAGGACUUCAUGGCAGGGAUUGUCAGACCCUUCUCCAAAGCAGUGGGAACAUCUGGCAUUCGUUUUGGAGCAGUGCAGUACAGCGACACAGCAAGGGUGGAAUUUACCUUUACUACAUACGUGAAUGGCACAGACCUGUUAAAUGCUAUCCAGAACAUCAACUAUAAAGGAGGAAAUACUCGCACUGGAGCUGGCCUUAAAUACAUUGCAGAAAACUUCUUCAGUCCCAGCACUACCAGAGAUGUGCCCAAGAUUGCUAUUUUGAUUACAGAUGGAAAAUCUCAGGAUAGUGUUCAGGAACCUGCUCAGAGACUACGCAACUUAGGAGUUAAAAUAUUUGCAGUGGGUAUUAAGAGUGCGGAUCAGAAAGAACUAAACCUCAUUUCUUCGCCUCCUGAUAGUGAAUUUACCUCCUUUAUUGGGAAUUUUAGGGCUCUCAGCACUCUGCUACCUCUGCUGUCUCCUCGUGUGUGUAGAUCAUCUGGAGGCACCUAUUCAAGUGAUGGUGCCCUCAGUGGCCCAUCUGACUUGAGGUUUUCAGAUGAGACCACUAAUUCCAUCCGAUUUCGGUGGGCACCAGCAGGGGGUCCCGUAACUGGAUACGUAGUGCAGUACACUCCUCUUUCUGGUCUGGGUCAGCCACUGACAUCAGACCUGCGGGAGGUAAAUGAGAGAGUAGCAGCUAGUCAGCAGGUCUAUGUGGCACGGCAGCUACGGUCGGGCACAGAAUACUUGGUGUCAGUUAUUGCCCAGUAUCCCAACAGUGUGGGCGAGACAGUGUCUGGCAAAGCUCGAACAAGGUCUGUACAGACUGUGUCCUCUCUGCGCUUGGUGCAGGCUGGGUUUUUUACUUUAUCCUUGGCAUGGGACCGUUCCUCUGGCACCACACAGGGUUACAGGAUUACAUAUAGGCCCAGAGGUGAACCUGCUAGCUUGUUGCAGGAGCAGACAGUUGAAUCGGAUGCCACUUCUCUCACACUGGAUGGUCUUAAAUCAGAUACAGAAUACGUUAUUAACCUGUAUCCCCUUUUUCCUCGCGACAGUAAUGCACUAUCUACACUUAAUGCCCGCACAUUGCGUUUAGAAGGAGUGCAACAACUCUCUGUUAACACAAGCUCAAGCAACAGUGUUGAUGUGCGCUGGAAGGGAGUAACUGGUGCCAGAGGAUACAGGCUUGUCUGGGGACCUACAAUAGGACAAGAUCUAGAGACUGUAGAGGUGGCAGGUGACAGUGAGACUCAUAAACUGGUAAACCUGAACCCUAACACAGAAUACCUGGUUACUGUCAUUGCUUUGUAUAAUGGAGAAACAGAAGGGCCUGCUUCAACCACACGCUUCACGAUAGAGCAGCAGGUUCUGAGAGCCAUUUCAAAAGGACCCACCAGCAUCCGACUGAACUGGAACCAAAUCCGAACAGCCAGAGGCUACCGACUGGAGUGGUAUAAAGAAGGAGAGAGCAACAACAUUCAAAAACAGAACUUCUCUCAGUCUACCACAAGCUAUGAGCUCAGAGAUCUUCAGCCAAGUACUGAUUACAUCAUAACUCUGUACACACUCUACGAAGGACGAGAGGAGUCCACAACAGUGUCUAGUGUGGUUGGUAUAGUCACCGAUCUCCGAGUGCUCGAGACAUUUGGCAGUACUGUACGGCUGGGAUGGAUAAGGGUGCUCGGAGCAACGCAGUACAGCAUUCUCAUACUGAACACUGAAUCUGGGUUAGAGCAAAACCUGGUUGUUCCUGGAAACCAGACAACAGUUGACUUGAGCGACCUUAUAGAAGGUGUAUCCUACUCCGUAAGUGUGACUGCGCUAGUGGGCAACAUCAAAGGAGAUCCAGUCACUAUCUAUCUCAGACCAGCAUCAGUUCUGAAUAAGGUGACAGACCUGCGUGUGGUGAAUGCUAACAGUCGACGAAUCCGAAUUUCAUGGACUGGAGUUAGCGAGGCAACAGGUUAUAGAGUCACUUGGAGACAAGGCAGUAAUGCAGAGCAGGUCCGUGUGCUUGGUUCAGAUGUUACUGCUUACACUAUAGAAGGGCUACAGCCAGAUGAAUCUGUUAUUGUGGGUGUGGCUGCUGUAAGCGAUAGCCAGGUCGGAGAUGUAGUGACUGUCACUACCAGAACGUCUGGUUACGUAGGGACAGUCACAGGCCUGCGGAUCGUCGAUGUCCGUCCCACGCGGAUUCGAGUGUCUUGGUCAGCUGUAUCCAGGGCAACAGGCUAUAAAAUCACUUGGCAGCGGGAUGAUGGAGUGGAAGAAACUCAGAACUUACCUGGUGAUGCUACAUCCUACACCAUUGAUAGGCUGCAGCAAGGCACCUCCUACAAAAUAUCUGUUUCUGCUCUGAGUGGCUCCAGGCAGGGACCCACUGCCUCCCUGAAUGCCAGGACAGCUUCAGAUGAGUUUGUGGUUGGACAUGUUACUAAUUUACAGCAAGAGUCUCGAGGGGAAAGCAUCAGAAUCAGCUGGGUUGGAGUUCAGGGAGCAACAGCAUAUAGAGUACUGUGGAGGAAAAGUGAAGGUGGAGAUGAGCAGCUUCAGUUGGUAGGUGGCAAUAUAACAUCAGUGGAUCUUAAGCAGCUGGAAGGAGGAGCCCAGUAUGACAUUCAGGUUGUGGCCCUGAUUCAGAACAGAGAGGGGCCUCCAGUCUCCAUCAGAGUCACCACAGCAUCAUCCGAAACUGUGCCUAGAGUAGAGGGACUGCGUGUUGAACAGUCAGCUGCAGGAGGGCUGCGUUUCUACUGGAGUGCGCUGAGAGAUGUUGAUGGGUAUAGAAUAUACUGGAGGUCUUCACAAGGUGAGGCUGAAUCAAGUCGUCGGAUUGAUAGAGAUGCAAGCUCGUUUACCUUGGAUGGCCUCCGUCCUGGGUUGACUUACACUAUACGAUUUGCUGCUGUGAGAGGGGGCAGAGAAGGUCCACCUGUCACUAUCAGAGAAACCACUGCUCCAUUACAAGUUGUGACGGAUCUCCGGGCAAUAAAUACUACCCAGAACUCUGUGUUGCUUGGUUGGAAUCCAGUUUCUGGUGCAAGUGAAUAUGUACUGCGGUGGCAGGAUGAAGACGAACCAGACAAUGGCCAGACAGUCACUCUUCCCGGUACGACCAACUCGUUCCGCGUGACUGGUCUGAGGCUGGGUCGUCAAUACCGUUUCACUGUGCAGGCUAUGGUCUUCAAUAAUGCAGGUCCAGAGACUGCUGUGGAAGAACGCACAGUUUGUGUGGAUGGUCGUUUGGACGUGGUGUUUUUGGUUCCCACCUCUCGUGAUCGCUCUGCAUUGGAGGAACCUCUUUUUUCUCUGCUUGCAAGUGCUGUGGGAUCUCUCUCCAGUAUUGGAGCCAGGGACUCCCAGGUGGGAAUGGUGGUCUAUGGUGCAGAACCUGAAGUGCGUUUUCGUCUGAGUCGGCAUAGCAGCAGAGAACCCUUACUAAGGGAGAUUCUGUCUACCCCUUUUACUGGGAGACCAGGAAAUAAUAUAGGUCAGGCUAUGACGUUUACUCAGCAGUAUCUGCUAAGUGCAAGUGCAGGUCGAAGGGCUGGUGUGCCAGGUGUGGUUGUCAUCAUCACUGAUGAGAAAUCAUCUGAUGAUCUUAUCCGUGCUGCUGCUGCAGUCAGGAAUUCCGGUGUGACCGUGUUGGCUGUUGGGCUUGGACGUGCAGAUCAAGAGGAGCUGCGCAGGGCAGUUACAGAUGGCAGCACUCAGAAUCUGCUAACUGUUCGUGAUGCAGCUGAUCUCUUCAGACAACACUCUGAACUGGCAGAACUGCUUUGUGGCAUUGCUAGAGGAAAUGGUGCAUUGGGUCGAAAUGGUACACCUGGUCGUGAUGGCCCUAGAGGACCUGCAGGGCCACCUGGUCUUCCAGGAUCCAGUGUGGACCCACCACAAAGAGGAGAAAAAGGAGAAAGGGGAUUUCCAGGGCUGGAUGGGAGUCCAGGAAUCCCUGGGCGUGCAGGUACUUCUGGUGCUGCAGGCCCUCCUGGCUUGCAGGGGAUACCUGGAGUCAGAGGGGACCCUGGAGAACCUGGUGGCACCGGGUCUCCUGGAUCAAAAGGGCAAAAAGGUGACAGGGGUGAUUCAGGAACUGAUUUUGGCUUGCCAGGACGCAAAGGAGAGCCAGGAGUUCCCGGUCUACCAGGGUCUUCGGGACGACCAGGUUUGAAUGGGCCAAAGGGAGAACCAGGAGUACCAGGGCUAACAGGACAAGAUGGUCGCCCUGGGAUACAGGGCAACCCUGGGCUGUCAGUAAAGGGUGAGAAAGGAAGCCGGGGAGAACCAGGUGUGGGGAAUGGGGUAGCAGUAAAGGGUGAUAGGGGUGAACCAGGAAAUACGGGACCGUCAGGGCCUCAGGGCUUUCAAGGACCGUCUGGAUCAAAAGGUUCCAAGGGAGAACUGGGGGAGAGCAUAAAGGGCAGUCCAGGGCUCCCUGGGAGCCAAGGAGAUCCGGGUGAUCGGGGUCCGAGGGGUCCACCCGGUGAAACUGGAAGCAAGGGUGACCGGGGGCAGGCUGGCGAGCCUGGACUACAGGGUGACAGAAGUGAGAGAGGACCAGCCGGUCCAAUAGGAGAAAAGGGCGAGGCAGGUAAACAAGGACCAACUGGACCCCCAGGAAUCAGAAGCUUUCCUGGCACAAAUGGUACUCCAGGCGAGAAGGGAGCUAAAGGAGAACCAGGCGGUGGCCCAGAAUCAGUUGGAAGAAAAGGGGAGCAGGGCCAGAGAGGACCUCCAGGUCCCGACGGAUCUCAAGGUGAAAAAGGAGCAUCAGGAGAAAAAGGAGAUAGGGGUCUUCCUGGAAUUGGUACAUCUGGCCAACCUGGACUUAAAGGAGAACCGGGUGAUCGGGGUGCUCCUGGAUUAGCUGGCAGAGCUGGCAUCAAGGGCAACCAAGGUGAACCAGGAGAGAGAGGAGAACCAGGCAGUUCUGGUCCUGCAGGACCGGUCGGCCCCAGAGGAAAAGAUGGUGUAAAAGGUGACAAAGGAGAUGACGGGCUUCCUGGGGAAGAUGGGUCACCUGGUAAACCAGGAGAAAGAGGACUGAGGGGUAUUGCAGGGCAGCCGGGUCAACCAGGCGAUAAAGGAAACCCAGGGGAUUCUGGCGAGCCAGGACGAAGUGGCACUCCAGGACCUCUAGGACCAAGAGGGCAGAAGGGAGAUCAGGGAAUACAGGGUCCCCCUGGCCCUCCUGGAGAUGCCGGAGAUAUGCAGUCUCUUUUAAAGGGAGAAAGAGGAGAAAAAGGAGAGUCAGGUACUCCUGGGGCAAAUGGUAGCAAAGGUCAGCAAGGGGAUGCAGGACCACAAGGUUCCCCAGGAACACGGGGAGCUGAUGGUCAGCGUGGACCAGUAGGAGGCAGAGGCGAUCCAGGGGAGCGAGGCAGCCCAGGAGAGAAGGGAGAGAGAGGAGCUGCAGGAGUGGAUGGGCGGCCUGGUCAGGAUGGAAAGCCCGGCCCACCUGGAUCUUCAGGUUUACGGGGUGAUCCUGGUAAAACUGGAGAACCUGGCCGAGAUGGCUUAGCAGGACUGAGAGGACCACAGGGGCCCCCAGGACCAAUUGGGCCCCCAGGAGCUGCUGGCACACCUGGUAAACCAGGUGAUGAUGGAAAGUCUGGACCUCCAGGAAAGACUGGUGAAGAUGGCGUCCCUGGGGAGGAUGGCAGGAAGGGUGACAAGGGAGAAUCUGGCUCUCCAGGCAGAGAUGGUCAAGACGGGCUGAAGGGGGAUCGUGGCCCUUCAGGACCCACUGGACCAACUGGGCAGCCUGGAUCCCCAGGGGUCCCAGGUAACAUUGGACCACCAGGACAGGUGAUAUAUAUUAAAGGAGCUGAUCCUAUUCAAGGGCCCCAAGGGCCUCAAGGAGUCCCAGGAUCACCAGGAAUUCCAGGCGAUCCUGGAUCAAGAGGGGAGAGAGGUGUACCAGGCACAAAGGGAGAUCAGGGAGAUCCAGGAGAAGAUGGAUCACCUGGAAAACCAGGAACCGCUGCAGAUGUGAAGAGAGCACUUUCAGAUAAUAACAUUGAGAUUAGGGAUCUGCAGGCGGUGCUGGAAAAGAAGGACAUAAUACUGCAGAUACCUGACUUUUCAAAGAGAACGGAUAAAGGACAAAAAGGAGAGAAAGGAGAUGGAGGAGCUCCAGGCCCGUCUGGUGCAGAUGGUGCUCGAGGCUUACCAGGUGAGCGAGGUCUGAAAGGUGAUCAGGGUGACAAGGGGUCUCCAGGUCCCCAGGGCCCCAUGGGAAGGGCUAUAGGAGAAAGGGGCCAGGAGGGUCCUUCUGGACAGGCAGGGGAGCCUGGCAAACCUGGCAUUCCAGGUGUACCAGGACGAGCUGGAGAACUCGGAGAGGCUGGUAGACCUGGAGAUAAGGGAGAAAGAGGAGAAAAAGGAGACAAAGGAGAUUCUGGUAAAUCUGGAGUCACUGGUGUAGCAGGACCCCCUGGACCUAAGGGUGACUCAAUCGUUCAAACCAUGCCUGGUCCACGGGGUCUGCCAGGCCCUCAGGGUAAUAAGGGAGAGGAUGGAGUGCCAGGGCUUCCUGGGCCUAAGGGAGAUCGGGGUUUUGCAGGUGUUCGUGGAGAGAAGGGAGAGAGAGGGGAGACCGGGGAAAAGGGCAGAGAUGGCUCUCCUGGGUUAACAGGAGAAGCUGGAAAACCUGGACUGGAUGGAAAGCCGGGCUUGCCUGGGUUCCCAGGAGUGCUGGGCAGACCGGGAAAUCCUGGAGAACCAGGCAUUCGAGGGUUACCUGGGCCAAUGGGUGCAAAUGGACCUCCUGGACCACUUGGUGUGAAGGGUGACCAAGGAGAGGCAGGAAUUGGAGUUCAAGGCCCUCCCGGAUCGCAGGGCAUAAGAGGACUACCUGGAAUUAUAGGCACACCAGGAGCUAUUGGCCCACAAGGACCUCCAGGGCUUCCAGGACAAACGGGAGAGAGUGGAAAGCCUGGGGUCCCUGGUAGAGAUGGUAUACCUGGAAAAGAAGGAACGCCUGGGUUGCCCGGAAAACAGGGUAUUGCCGGACCCGUGGGCCCCCCAGGAACAAAAGGAGAGCAAGGAGAUAGUGGCCCACCAGGAAAGGCAGUAGCUGGACCACCUGGAGUAAAGGGUGAGAGGGGUCCUUCUGGUGAAACUUUGCCAGGUGUUGCUGGAGAGAGAGGUCUACCUGGAUUACAGGGUGUUAAAGGAGACAAGGGACCAGCCGGCAUUAAAGGAGAUAAAGGAAUAAGAGGCGAUCCUGGGGAGGCAGGUGAAAAUGGAGACAGAGGACCACUGGGGCCUAAAGGAUCUAAAGGGGAAUCAGGCCUGGGAAUAACUGGCCCUCCAGGACAAACUGGACCCCUUGGCUUAAAGGGUGAUCCUGGUCUUCCAGGCCCUCCUGGAUCACCAGGUCCUCAAGGUCUAGCAGGAACACCAGGAGUAGCAGGUCAAAGAGGUGAAGCAGGCCAGCCAGGAACUCCAGGACCUCCCGGAGACAGGGGUUUGCAAGGCUUUAUAGGCAAAGCAGGAAACCCAGGGACACCUGGUACUCCUGGACCCCCCGGACCACCAGGUACUGCAGGUACACCUGGCAUGAAGGGUGAUAAAGGUGAAGUUGCAGUAGGAGUACCAGGACUCAGAGGAGAGAGAGGUGAUCCAGGGCCUCGGGGAGAAGAAGGACGACCUGGACUGGAUGGAGAAAGAGGUUCUUCGGGAUUUCCAGGUGCCAAAGGAGCACAAGGAGAAAAGGGUGCAACUGGACUUCAGGGAGAGAAAGGAGUGAAAGGUGAAAGUCUGUUGGUUGGUGGGCCUCCUGGUGAAAAAGGAAACAAGGGAGAAACUGGAGACAGAGGGCUUAAGGGUCCUCAAGGUGAAAAAGGCCUAAAAGGACAAGAGGGACCACCAGGGAUACAGGGUCUGAGGGGAGAGCCUGCAGAGAGAGGUUCCCCUGGAUUUCAGGGUGCACGUGGGCCAGGAGGACAGAAGGGAGAGGCAGGACUGCCUGGGGUUCCAGGAGAAUCUGGUGGGCCUGGCAAAGAUGGCCUUCCUGGCACCAGAGGAGACAAGGGAGAGAACGGUGUGACAGGAUUGCGUGGACCUAAGGGGGAGCGUGGCUCCAAAGGAGUGUGUGGAGCAGAUGGACAAAAAGGAGAAAGGGGAGAUGCUGGAAUGAACGGUAGACCAGGUUUACCUGGAAGAAAAGGAGAGUCGGGUGAUGUGGGAUCUCCAGGGGCCACUGGAAGUUCAGGAAAAGAAGGAAUUGUUGGACCCAAAGGUGAUCGAGGUUUUGAUGGUCUAUUGGGACCAAAGGGAGAACAAGGAGAAAAAGGUGAAAGGGGUCCACCUGGUAUCCCUGGCCCACCAGGUCCACGAGGUGUAGAUGGGCCACCUGGUUUGACUGGUCCACAGGGGCUUGCUGGAGUAAAAGGUCCUGAGGGACUGCAGGGGCAAAAGGGUGAACGAGGUCCCCCAGGACCCGCUUCGCUUGGCCCUAGAGGCAUUCCAGGAAUUCCAGGAGAGAGAGGAGAACAAGGUGAAUUAGGCCUUGAUGGCGCCAGAGGAGAAAAAGGAGAACCGGGCAUGACGGAGGAUGAGAUUCGGUCUUAUGUUCGUACUGAGAUGAGCCAGCACUGUGGUGGUGGAGAAAUUCCAUCUCGUCCAGUGGUUUCAACUUACCGAAGUCGCUCUUCCACGUCCCCUGAGAGGUCACUAACCCAAGGGGACGAGGAGGCUCGGGAAAUGCAUGUUGUUUUAAACGCAAACGACCCCGACUAUGAACACAUCUACUCCAUCGAGAGCUAUGAUGAUGCCAUGGAUGAAAUUGUGGACUUUACCCCCUCAGUCAGUGAAAGUGAUGGCAAGCACACCACAAUUGAUGAACAAAAUGCAGGGAGAAAGAAAAGAGAAAUUAAAGGUGAAGAUCCCUGCAUCUUGCCAAUGGAUGAGGGUGGGUGUUCCAGAUAUACUCUGCGCUGGUACUUUAAUUCCCAGGCGGGCGACUGUAGACCCUUCAUCUACAGUGGCUGUGAAGGAAAUGCUAACCGUUACACACACAAGGAGGACUGUGAAAAGCAGUGCCUUAAACAGAAAGGAGCUGCUCUUGAUGGUGCACGGUAGAGACGGAACUAUGAACUCUCCAGCACAGCAUCAGUAUUCAGUAUGCUCACCAUAAUCACCUGCUGG